AUGGCGUCUUUGCAUUCUAUUAAACUCUUGCUUAUAGGCCUUCUUGUCCCACUUGGACAGGUCUUAGCAACACCUUCUGGUUUCCCAGAAGGCGGGUUCAACUUUACCGACGAGGCACCAGCGUUGUUCGCAAGGCAGUUCACGGGUUAUGACCACUGCAAUCCUGCCCAGACAAACAAAAUCCACCAGGCUCUUCAAGAUGCGGCUGUUAUGGCACGACAGCACACCAGGAACCGGGGAGCCCAGACGUAUCAGUCGUCUCCGGCUUACAACAACUACUUCCAACCCAAUGAGUUUAGUGUCGUGAACGCUAUGUUGAAUGCCAUCGGACAGCAGUGGCAAGCACCGCCUCCAGGCAAGCCCGGAGCAGGCUCCCCAGUCCAGCUGCGCCAAUUCACCACGCACAUUACUUGCGAAGACAGCCCUGUAUGCAGGGACGCUAGCCGAGGGACCAGUUCCUACGUCGUCACCGAUAUCAAACAAGCCGCCAGGAACUUCGUCCCAUCAAUGCGUUUCUGUCCACUAUUCUUCAACCCCAAUGAGCCACGUACCAAGAACAACCUAGACUCUCUACCUUACGUGCAAAACCCCAAUCGUCGCCAGAAGAGUUGGUGCAAGCCAGGAAACAAAUUCCGCGACUUCGAAGUCGCGGGCACCACCGUACUCCACGAACUCACGCAUUUAUACGAGGCUGGGGACCGUGCCGGUCUCGCAUCUCAUCCCGAUGGCGUAGGUGGCCAAACUAAGGGUACUGAAGAUGUCUAUGGUACCGGUCAUUAUUCGACUGAUCCCCAGACGGCGGCGCGCCAGCUUCACACGGAUUGGGUCAACGCGAUUAAAGCUAAGAAACCACAGAAAGAUCGGCCGCAUGUGCCUUCGAAUCUCAAUGCGGAGAGCUAUGCUGCUUCGGCGACGGAGUGGUGGUUUAUGUCUCAAUGCAACCUCAACAGCAUUGCUUAGAAUGUUUUAUCAGUCGCUCAUUUUCGUUGGUAUUAGACAGUGAUAUAUCUGGGAUAGAGGCAUUCAAAUCAUGUAUUCAACAUAUAUGAAGAUGCCAUAUAGAAGGAGGAAACGGAUGGUAGAGAUAGAGAUAGAAUUGAUUGAAUUUGUUCAUGAGUAAGCAAAUCAGAGUCGGAGUCUCCUAUUUUGGUAUGUCCUAGC